AUGGAAGAAAACUCUGCUACAUCCAACACUCCCAAAUACGAAUACAUCGAGGGCUGUGAACGGCUGGAGAGGUACAGUCCCGGUGGCUAUCAUCCAGUGAAAAUCGGUGACCAGCUGUGUCAUGGGCGGUACAACAUUGUCCAAUUUCUAGGGCACGGAGGCUCUUCAACGGUUUGGCUGGCUUUAGACAAGGUGAAGCAACAACUUGUAGCAGUCAAGAUAAAAACAGCCGAUUCGACUGACCAAGAGGAGGAGAUCAUGGCUGAACUUCGUGAUAUGCCCUUGAUCAGACAGCUGCAAGACGUCUUUGUCGAACAUGGCCCGAAUGGAACUCAUCGAUGCCUUGUCAUGGAGACGGGAUUAUGCAGUCUGAGAGUGUCGAAAGUGAUGUCUGCUCAUGAACUGUUGUAUCUUUCUACUGCUCGAGCCAUCAUUGCAGAACUGGUGUUGACUGUCCAGUCCUUGCAUGAUCGGGGGAUUGUGCAUGGCGAUAUCCACGGCGGUAACAUUUUACUACGGCUUCCAGAGGAUAUCAGGCAGAUAACAGAUGCUACAACGCUGUAUCAACGGUUUGGAGAACCCAUUACGAAACCUGUUGUCAGAGUCGACCGUCAGCCACUGGAUGUGGGUGUCCCUACUCAUGUAUACUGGCCAAUACGGCUAUCAGUUCGAUCUGACAAGAUUAUGGACUCUCACCUGCCCAUCAUGCUAUCGGACUUUACUUCCAGCUACUAUCCAAGCCAGACGAGGCAGAUGAUUUCUCGCACCCUCCCUCACAUCGUCCCUCCAGAAGCGUUCUCCAUUGAUGAACACAAAAAGGAAGAGAGUCUGUGCUUUCCUAGCGAAAUCUGGACUCUGGCAUGCACUGUAUUCGACAUUCUCGGUGGGGGAGGCCUCUUCAGCGACCAGGCCAGCGCGCUAGGCAAGUUCCCCGAGCCCUGGUGGUCCCGGUGGGAGGAGCGGGCAGAGUUCUUCACCGAAGACGGUGUGAGUAUCGAGUUUCCGAAUUCUGGAGAUAGCCUGGAAGACCGGUAUGACUGGUUCGUCACUGCUGCUCGACGACGAUAUAAAAUGGAAUAUCCGGACGAGGAGGAGAAGAAGGCCUUUCUCCAAAUGAUUGGACCGAUGCUUCGGUAUUUCCCUGGCGAGAGGGCGAGUAUUCGGGACGUUGUUAAUUCGGAGUGGAUGCAGAAAUGGGCUCUCCCAUGCCUGCAUCGAAAUAGCUAG